CCAAGGGUUUAAAUGGCAGCGUCCCCCAGCUCUCCACGCUCGCACCUCUCGGGGACACGGCAGCAUGAAGACGGUGGCCGCCCUCCUCCUGGUGGGGAUGCUCAUCCUCUGGACAGAGCUGCCGACAGGCAGCGCCUGGUCCUGCCCACGUGUACACAUCACCUGUGCAAUGCUCAACCCACCAAAUAAGUGCUUCACCGACCGGCAUUGUCCGCCAUACAAGAAGUGCUGCCCGACCUUCUGCGGGAGGAAAUGUAUUUCGCACCCAUCUUCCCCCCGACUCUCCUACGCGUGAGCUCCUGCUCCCAGGACAGACCGAGGCCCUUCUCAGCAUCCCUGUGCCACCUCUGACAGCAGCCAGCUGCCCGCACCUCUGCUAAGGCUCGUCCUGCCCAAUGGCAGCUCCCGGGAGGACGGGGACAGCCACCGGCCCACGCUCAGAGACCACCUCGGCUCCAGGACCACCCUGCUGACAGCUGCCACCACCUGCUUGCCCUCUCCCCCCGCUUCCCCACUGCUGUUUUAACAAAUAAAAGAGCUUGUCCCAGG